GGAAGGUGGGGGCUGCGAAGAGAAGCCGACUGCAUGUGUGUAGCCGAGAGAAAGAAAGAGGAUAUUGAAAAAGGGAAGGGAGGAGCAGACAGAGAUAAUAAGAAAGGAAAAAGGAGAGAACAGAAAGCGUCGGCCAUAAGAAGAGGCAAGAGAAUGAGUAACGCGUGUGCUACGCUGGGGGGAGGUGUGCUGUGUGUCUGCGGCUGGCUGUGUGUGCGUGCGUGAAUGCAUGUAUGUGUAUUUCGCUACUCGCUCUGUCUGUGCGCUGCACAGGCUGGAACAAAUAAAAAGGAAUACAACCCAACGAGGCCGGAUAGCUUGUGGGCUGCUCUGCCGGCAAGCAAUUCUCAUGCUCCUCUCUGUCUCCUCUUCUGCUUUCUGCUCUCCGACCGGCAGCUCUGUCUGGACAUCUAGGACCACACUGUUUGCAAAGUCACUUCAGUGGAUGGCCCCAGAAGUGGAGGCCAGAUGGAAAUUGGGUCACAUGACCGCCUCAAGGAAGGCGCACUGAGCCUGGAACUGGCCAAUGGGGUGAGUCGCUACCCUAAUGAUGAUGAGGCAUCUAUGGAAACAGAGCAGCAGAGAGCAGGCAGUGCGCCUCCAAGGCAGUGCUGGGUGACAGGACAUGGCAAGGUCAGUGACACCCAACAACGGCAACCAUGUUGGAACACCAGCAGUAGUACAACCCCUGGUGAACCUGUCCACCAUGCAGACAUGGAGGAUGCCCACAAUCUGGUGGCUUUUUCUGCUAUUGCUGGCUCCUUGCCUCCUUCUUCUUCCUCCUCCUGCCUGCUUGUGCAGCCUAACACAGCCCAGCUGUAUGAGAACUUCAUCCGGGAUAUGGGUGCUGAGGGGUCUCACGCCAGACCCUCUGCAGGGGCUCCUGAGGGAAGCUGCCAACCUCCAGAAGACCUGAACUCCCUACAGACAGCACUGAGCCAAGCCAAACAUGGACAUAAGCCCCCUAACUGCAACUGUGAUGGGCCUGACUGUCCAGACUACCUUGAGUGGUUAGAGAAGAAGAUUAAGUUGGCAGCCGGUGAUGAUCAAGGUACCUGCAAAAUGGCUGAUUUUCCCCCACAUUCACAGCCUCACCACCAACAACCCCAUUUGCAGCAUCACCCUCAGUCCUAUCCCCAGAUGAAUGGUGGACAUCGCCUGUCUACUUCAUACCCCCAGCAGCAGCAAGGAAAUCAAGGCCCUCACUCAGACAAAGUGCCCUGCCCCAAACCCCCGAUUCCCUGCUCUCCCCAGGUGCUCUCCAUAGCCAAGGAAAAGAACAUCAGUCUUCAGACAGCCAUCGCCAUAGAAGCCCUGACCCAAUUAUCUGGUACUGGUCCGCAAGCUGUUGGCUCUCCAGGUCAAGCCCCCUAUAAUAAUAACCUCCAUCACCACCAACAUACCCAGAACCUCCCAUCUCAGCCCCCAAAUGGCACUAGCUUGAUCCCGUCCUCUCCUGGCACUUACUCAUCCUCUUCACGCUCUCAAUCCGUCCCUCCAGGACUACACACCAGCCAACAGGCUCCAGUGCCCUGUGAGCACCACAGGCCCCAGUCACAGGGCCAGCCUCCCCAUGCUGCCCCACUCCCUUCCUCUACCUCUCCCUUUCCAGGUCAGGGAAAAUCUCCAAGCUUCAACCCUAACCUCCAGCAGUGGCAGCAAGGCUCAGGCAGGCAGGCAGGCAACCCAUGGAUGUGUAUAAAGUCUGAGCCCCAGUCUCACUAUGCUGCUGCACCUUACAGUAGUUCAGACCCCAUGUCAGAGCUUAAACAGCUGCUUGGUGACAACAGUGGCAAGUUCAGCAGUGCUCCUUUCAAGCUUCCAGUCAGACAGCAGCUAAGCUUGAACCAGAAUGGGGGUAUCCAGGUCCAGGACGACCCGGCAUUGGCCAGGAUAAAGCGAGAGCCAGACUCUGGUGAGCACUACCAUCACACUGCCUCCAUGGGUCAUUAUGGCAUGGCUAAUGGUCAGCAGCAGGGUCAGCACUACCCCGGCACUCCCCUGUCCCCUGGCCAAGCAUCCAUCAGCCACUCCACUCAGGCAGCUCUGCAACAGCACCUUCACUACAAGAGAAACCUCUUCUCUAACCACUCCUCUGGCUUUGGAGCACCAGGCCCAGGUGUACAUAUGGCUUGCCAAAACUUGAAAAAAUGGUGGCCACAGACAGAGGUAGAAGGUUUGCCACAUCUAGCCAUCAAACAGGAGCCCAAGGAACCCAAGAAGAAAAAAAAUCAAGGAUCUCCUGUCAUAAAAGCUAUGAGUGGGAUGCUUACAGGCCCUCCCCUGCCCAAACCCAAACAGAUAAUCAUCAAGAAGACCAAGCAGAAAGCCUCCAUGCCAACCUUCCUGCCUCAAACUCAGAUCUCCGUACAAAAAACACCAGUCCUCACGAUGGAAAGAGCCCCGGCCCUGACCGGCCUGCAAAUAAGUUCUCUUCCCCCCCUGCCCCUCCACAGUAACUCCACUCAGGCUACUGUUGCAGGCCACCCUGCCCCAGCCCAAUCUCAGGUAUCCAUUUCCAAUUCCUCAAUGACUCCCUCUUCCACUGUUUCUGCUUUGUCAGAAGACACUCCAGCCCUCAUGGGCCCUCUGCCCCCACCUGUGGCCACUGUAGCCCAUGCUAAGCCAGAGGAAGUGGGCAGCCUGGCCUCCAGUAACACCAGCACCACCGCACCUCUGACCUCCACAUCUCCAUCCAGCACCUCACAAUUACAGAGUCUGGUCAGCAUAGACCCGAAGUAUGAAGAACUGAUCCGCCAGUUUGAGGCUGAAUUUGGGGACUCAGUCGCAGAUGUACCUGCCAGUCAGCCCAUAGAAGAGACUGCAACAGCCCCUCAUCUGAGGAAUCAGUCCCAGACCAGUCCUCAGGACCUCAGUCCCACAUCAACAUCCACCUCCCAGUCUGCUCCCUCAAUUCUUGCCACUCAAGCCAGCUCCACAACUCAUCCAGACGAUCAGGAGAUGGAAAAGAACAAAGAUGAGUCAGGGACUCAAACUGAAGCAACUUCGAACCAGGCAUCCACAGAAAUCCCUAUGGAGGAGGGACCUCCCCAUGGUCCUGUGUUUCAGGAGGCCAUUAUGAACAAGCAGCAUCAACCCCAUGCAUUAGAGGAUACCUUUAGCAUGCCAUGUUCCCCGCUGCCUAAACGCAUGAAGAUCGAAGCCUCGGGAGACGUAACUGUACUUUCCACCACGUGCUAUUCUGAGGAGGACACGCCCACUAAGGACAGUUUGCCCUCAUCGCCAUCUCUCAGAGGCUUCCUAGAAUCUCCUCUGCGCUACCUGGACACCCCUACCAAGAACUUACUGGAUACUCCUUCAAAGGAUCUACAGGCAGAAUUCCCCACAUGCACCUGUGUGGAACAAAUCCUGGAGAAAGAUGAAGGGCCCUACUACAAUCACUUGGGAUCUGGACCCACUGUAGCCUCCAUAAGAGACCUGAUGGAGACGAGGUAUGGAGAGAAGGGGGAUGCCGUCCGGAUUGAGAAGGUGGUGUACACGGGCAAAGAGGGAAAGAGCUCGCGGGGAUGCCCUAUUGCUAAGUGGGUGAUUCGUCGUGGCAGUGAGACAGAGAAGCUGCUGUGUCUGGUGCGUCACCGUGCAGGUCACCACUGUGCAAACGCUGUCAUCAUCAUCCUCAUUAUGGCCUGGGAAGGUGUCCCAAAGCCCCUGGCUGACAAACUGUACCGUGAGCUUAGUGGCACCCUCACCCAAUUUGGCAACCCCACCAGUCGACGCUGUGGCCUCAAUGAUGAUCGUACCUGUGCGUGUCAAGGCAAGGACCCUGACAGUUGUGGUGCCUCCUUUUCCUUUGGCUGCUCCUGGAGUAUGUACUUUAAUGGCUGUAAAUACGCCCGAAGCAAAAUGCCACGCAAGUUCAGACUACAAGGAGAACGUCCUGAAGAGGAGGACAAACUCAGGGAUAACUUCCAAGAUCUGGCAACUGAGGUGGCUCCUUUGUAUAAGAGGCUGGCCCCACAGGCCUACAGUAACCAGUGCCUGACAGAGGCUAAAGCUCCAGAGUGCAGGCUGGGUUUAAAAGAGGGCCGACCGUUCUCUGGAGUUACUGCUUGCAUGGAUUUCUGUGCCCAUGCUCAUAAGGACCAGCACAACCUCUACAACGGUUGCACAGUGGUGUGUACGUUAACCAAGGAGGACAACCGUAAAGUGGGGGAGAUCCCUGAGGAUGAACAGCUCCAUGUGUUGCCUCUUUACAAGGUCUCACCCACUGAUGAGUAUGGCAGUGAGGAGGCCCAGCGCCUCAAGAUGAAGACAGGAGCCAUCCAGAUGCUUCAGGCUUUCCGCCGAGAAGUACGAAAGUUGCCCGAACCUGCCAAGUCCUGCCGACAACGCCGUCUGGAGGCCAAGAAGGCUGCCUCGGAGAAGAAGAAAAGCAAACUCCUGCAGCAGACGGGGGGGACACCAGACAAAACAGUGGUCAAGGCUGAGGUCUGCAUCACCGACUCCCCUCUACCCCAAGGCAAUAAAGCAAUUAUAAAACAAGAGGUGAAGCCCAACAUCAAGAAGGAGCCCUUCAAUGGAUCAAUAGAUGGAUACCCUGUGCAGACAGCAGACCCAUUCAACAACGUCUAUCCACACCCUGCCUACUAUGCAAGGGGAGGCCUCCCCCCACCUGGCCAGCCCUCUGCAGCAGACCCAGUAAACGGUUACCACCAUAAUCUGCCCGCAAUGCACUAUGGCUACUACAACUACCCCCCUAAUGCACUUUUCCCCCCUAAGCUGAGGACCUACGAGGGUCGAAAUGGCGGUAAGGCUGUCCAGGUAGACAAGAAACCUGACAUUCAGAGUCUUCAAAGCCUUCAGGCCAGACUGGCCCAGUCCAUUCCUGGCCACCCAGAGCAAACCAACCAAACAAAUCACAGCGCUUACACCCAGCCUCUUGACUACAACCAGUCCCGUCCUUCCUCUGUCUCCUCUGAGCUCUCCAACAGAGGCACUCCAGUCAUCAAACAGGAGCCUAUGGAUGUUCCACUCUAUGAAGGUGUGGUGCUGAGCCAGGCUGGUGCCAACACACCUAGCACCACCCACCAGCCUGCUGCCUGGCCAGGGCUCAAGCUUAAUGGAAAUAUUGUUCCCACAAGUUGGGACUGCCAUCUAAAUCCUAAACAAAACCCUGAAGCGUCAUUAGUGAACCCAGACAAGCAGCAGUUUCACCAGCAUCCCCAGCAGCGGCAGCCCUCUCCUUACCCCCAGCAGUGGUCACCCUACCCUGGUUCAAAUACCCCAAUGGCUUCCCCUGCCCCUUCACCAUCCCUGCAGAUACCUCCCUCUCCAUCUCCCUCUCCUCACCUAGGCACAGCACUCCCGGGUAACAUACACCCAGGGUCCCCACGCCCUCUAACCCCACGCCCAAGCACCCCUCACCCAGGUACUCCACAGCCUGGCACCUCUCACUUAGGCUCAGUUACACCACAGCCAGGCACCCCCAGGCACUGGGCCAGCCCUGCUCCUAGCCCCCAGCCGAAUCCAUGGGCUAUGGGGCCUGCAGCAUAUAGCCCUGGUUUGAAGCACAGCAAUCCUGCAGGAGCCUAUGCUGACAAGAUCUGGGCUAAAACCGGUGAGAGUCGGUGUUCUACUCCCCUUGGGCUCCAAGAGAAGGCCUGGAGGUCUUGUGGAGGUUCAGUGGCAGGCAGUACCCUUUCCCCUGCCCCGGAGGGCCGCCUCUUCCCAGAUGCCCUGCAGCAGUCAAAUCAAGCUGGCUGGGACCCCAGCCGAGCUGAGAGUGAUGUUGAGAGCAACAGGGGUCGUGAAUAUGAUGACGAUGAGGUGUGGUCUGACAGCGAGCACAACUUCCUGGAUCCAAACAUUGGUGGUGUAGCAGUCGCACCAGCUCAUGGCUCCAUCCUGAUUGAAUGUGCGCGUCGGGAACUACAUGCCACCACUCCACUCAAAAGGCCUGAUCGUUCCCACCCCACCCGCAUCUCCCUGGUCUUCUACCAGCACAAGAACCUCAACCAACCCAUGCAUGGCCUGGCUCUAUGGGAGGCCAAAAUGAAGCUACUGGCAGAGCGAGCACUCCAGAGGCAGCAGGAAGCAGCUCUCCUUGGCCUCUCCCAGGAAGAAAUCAAGGCCCUCAGCAAGAAACGUAAGUGGGGUGCUACAAUGGCAGGGGCCAGUCCAGGACCUGGACAAUCAAAAGACAAGAGAGAGGGGCCAGUGACGCGGUUAGCCCCCACGUUCCACACCAACUCUAUGGUUACUGUGUCUCCCUAUGCCUUCACCCGCCUCACUGGGCCCUACAGCCACUUUGUUUGAGGUCAGACAGACACAAACAGACCGAUAACUACGGAGUGGUGCAGUGGAGGGCUGGAGAGAGUGUUGAACAGGAUGAAUGUCUCUCAGCCGUCCCGCAGUCUAGCGUCUCUCCAUCCUGCCCCCUCCGCAGUCCACUUAGAGGAGGGGACAUUUUUAUUGUUUUUUACCUCAUGUCAGGCAGUGGUUUGGGCUUCAGACACACUGCCUGUGGUGCUCUUCCUCUCUCUUCCCUGGAGAGGAACUCCAUUGCUCUUGUUUAUAGAAUUUUAAUGAUUCUAAUUAUUGCUAUUAUUAUCAAUAUUAUGAUUGCUAUUGUUACUGUCAAUGUUGUUAUUACAGGUAUUAUUAUAAUGAAGACUUGUUUGUUUUUUAUUAUUGCUGUUUUCAUUAAUGUUAUUAUUAAUGAUGUGAUUGUUUUUGGUUAUAUAUUUUUUUAAAUCAAUUAGUCUGAGUCAGUCAGACUCAGACAUUUCCUUUUUCCAUGUUUGGAAAAUGUGUACCCUUUUUUCCUUUGUUUUUGUGUCAAUCUUCCAGCUGUAGAGGAGGAGUCAUUAUCUGCCUGGCAGGACAGCAAAUCAAUACUAAUCAAAUAUAUAAAAAGCCUUUCCUGUAGGCUUGCCUUAGAUAUUUAUCUCUAUAUUGACUAUAUACAGAUAUGUAUCUUUUAUUUCAAUAAUCUGGUUUAGGACAAUUCCAAUUAUUAUGAACCUGGGCUUUAAUUUCUUAGUUUUGGUCAGUAGUUUUGAGGAUUGUGUUUAAAUUAAAAUUACUUGAAGGCUGAUGUAGCUACAGUUUUCUAGCAGCAUUCUAAUACACUAAACACAGUCUGCUGGAACAUACGUCUCUGUAUAUUCUUCCAACAAGGACCCACUGAAGUCAAUUGUCAAAGCAGUAUAGUGUAUGGCAAAAUCAUCCCCUUGAAUUUUUCACUGUAACAAUCAGUCAUACCUUUUUGAUUUAGGUCCUCUUUCAAAUUGAGGUUAAAAAAAUCCCAUUCUGACCACAGCAGAAGAAUACUGCUUGGUUUCAGCUGUUGCAUGUUUGCUUUGUAGUAAUCUGGUAAUAUCUGAACUAAAACACCAUAAUGCAUAAAGCAUAAAGUAGGAAAAUAAUGAUCAGGUUCAAAAUAAUUGCACUUGACUUUUAAGCCACUUUGGAAGUAAACUUUGCUGAUUCUCUUGGCAUUAACUGAUGUGCUCCUCCUCCUCUUCUACACCCCUCCAGCUUUCGACUGGUGCUCAACUUCCAGCUCUGAUUGAAUUUCAUUCCACCACUCUUCAUGGCACUCAAUGCUGUAUUUAGGUGCUCUAAAUCUGGCUCAUGUAGUAUUUGCAAGUACAUUUUUCUUGUUUGACCUAGGUGGAGUAGUAGAAUGAAUUGAUGUAUUACAUUCAGAUUAGCCACAUAGGUGCCGGAAAUUUGCCAUGCAAAGAAUUAUUGAAUUGUUGAUUUUCUUUGUUCAUUGUGUUUUCGAAGUGGCAAACUGUACAUUUCUAGUGCUCCACAGAGGCUAAAACAAAUGAUCAAUAUUGCUUGUGAAUGCAACUUGACUCAGAUCUGCUAUUACCAUAUAGAGAUGGAACAGGUGGCACUCUUUAUCUUCCUAUAACAUUCAAGUAGGGGUGAGCACUUCUCAGUGUAAACUCUAGAUGGCAGCAGUGACUGCCGUUUCAUAGUGGUGUGUACAAAACCUACAAGCACUUACUGAAAAUCCAUUCAGAAACCAGUAAAGCUUUGCCUUGCUGCUUUACUCAUCCAUGGCCAGUAGAGGGGGAUCUUACACCCUGUUUGCUAGCCAUAGAAGGGCCUCACAAAAGCAGCCUAUGGCAAAGUUAAUCUUUGUCCCAUUGAGGCACAAAUGUGAACAAAGUCAGGAGUUGCCUUUGGGAAACCCAUCCCAGGUUAGAGCAGAAGAAGCCGUGUUGGGACAGCAGUGCUUUUGGUGAUCCUACACACACUCUGGUGCUCUCCUAUUAUACUUGAUAUACUGUGAAGGGCCCACUCCUCCCUCUGCAUGGUGCUGUCAUCUUCAAGCAGAAUGAGGUGUGUCCUUCUGCAGGCACCUUGUCACAUCAGAACCAGUCUACUCAAGUACUGGUUCCUUCUGAGGUGCUUUGCUUUUGUCUCAAACAAAGUACACUGUACAGGGCAAAGAAAGCACAGUCAUUCAAUGUAUUGUUGGUAACCCAUAAACUUUGGUUAUUACAGACAAUAUAUUGUAUUGAGAGAUAAAGGGAUACCUUGGAAGAUUACUGUAGCUUCUGGGAGUUGGCGUCAAAUGCAAAGGCAUGAAUCAAUGAAUCUCUCACUUUGUGUGUGUGUGUGUGUGUGUGUGUGUGUGUGUGUGUGUGUGUGUGUGUGUGUCUGAAAAUGACACAACUGCAUUUGUGCAUGAAAGAAAAGAGCCAAAGAGAGAGACUAUUUGAUAGCCUGGUUGUGUCCCUUAAAUUACUAAUUUUUAGUUCCUCUCCACCAACCAUGUCACUGUUUGAAUCAUACGAUUCAAAUAGUGACAUGGUUUUGUUGCAAAAUGUGGUGAAAGUGAAAAUGAGUGAGUCAUUUGAGUGGAUGCAGGCUGUCUCCUGGAUGCUGAGUGGUAGUUUGGGUCAAGGCCCUGGUCAUCUGUGAAAGACCCUGUUACCCUAGAACCUCUCCCGAGGGUCUCCAGCUCUCUACCUCACGCUGUAGAGACACUGGUCACAAUCACAACUUGCUACUGAGGGCAGAGAAUCAUGCAUAUGUCCCUUUGUGUGCUCUAGAUCUCCACACUCAUUUUAACCUGCUUUUUUUUGUUCUUUUUUUUUUUUUUUUUUAAUUCUUAUUUAUUACUACAUGGUGAUGAUGAUAAUGAUUGUCUUUGAUGGGUUUUUUUCAUCUUUUUUUAUAUAGCUAAUACAAAUUGUACAUAGAGAAGAAAAGAUUUAUAAAAGCACUUUUAAUCUUGAUUUUAAUGACAAAAAGAAAGAGCCGAUUAUUGACAACUUGAAGCUUAGUUUUUUUGGGUUUUUUUUAAUUUUCUCAAGAGAGAGAUGAAAAUGUAAAUAUUAAAAUAUUUAGGUAAGAUUAUUUAACUGGUGAGGAUAGUAACUAAACCAUGAAUGACUAGGGUGUAUUUUGAAGUCUUUGAAAGCCCUUAACAACAGUAAACAACACUUGGUCCCAAUGUGUUGUAUGUACAUGUGUGCUUAGUGACACUGCUGUUUUGCUUUCAUAAGUACUGUACUCCCUGUCAGCAUGUAACUGGCAGAUAUCUGUCACUUUCUAAAACAAAUUGAUUAGCCCAACUAUAUGACAUGAAACCACACUUUUCUCACUCACUUACAACAGUCCACAUAACUUAAGAAUCGCCCAUUUUUAUCUGCAAAAAGUAUGAAUUUUCACACAGCAUCACAAAUGAAUGACAAUAUCAAAUUUGAAUUGAAGGCUGAAAAAUAGCAAGAUUGUAACGUUGUGGUACUCGGCAUCAGUGGUCUACUGCCGGUAUGCUAAGGAAAUAUUUGAAACAGUUGCCCUUCACUGGAUGUACUCUAUGUCAAUUAAAGGAAUAGCUUGACACUUAUUUUCUACCUUGUUGUAUGAUUAGAUUGAUACCACUCUCAUGUUUAUGUUAAAUAUGAAGCCAAAGCCAACAGCCAGUUAGCUUAACUUAGCACGAAGACUGGAAGCAGGGGGAAACUGCUAGCCUAGCUUUAUCUAAAGGUAGCAAAAUCCACAGAUUAGCGCUUCUAAAACUUGCUUAUUAACACAUUAUAUCUCCUUUGUUAAACCUGUACAAAAAGCAAAAACAUGAAUUGUCCGUUUUAGACUUUUGUAUUUGUAUGGACUUAACAAGAUGUAAUGUGUUAAUUAGAGAGAUUUGGAGGUGCUGGUAGGCCAACUUUGUUACCUUUAAAUACAACCAGGUUAGUUGCGUUUUUAUGCUAAGCUAAGUCAACCAUCUGCUGGCUGAUUCUUCAUACAACUGUACAGACAUGAAAGUAGUAUCAGCUUGGGCAAGAAAGCAAAUAAGUGUAUUUCCUAAAAUGUAUCCCUUGAAUAGGACUUACUUGAGUGGCCAUUCAAAGCUAAACCAUGAUCAUGUGCAUAACCCCUUUCCAAAAUUGGGAUGUUAAAGAAUAUUCGGGUAGUUGCAGGACCGGUCUGAAGUGAAUCAGUGAGAGAUGUUUAGUGAGUUUUAGCCCAGCAAUCUUUGUCAGUUGUGUUAGACUAUCAGGUAAGAGACUGCCUCCCUGCUUGUUUAAAUGUAUCUCUCAUUAUUAUCUACUCUAGUUCUCAUAAUAGUAAGUAUGCACUUGGCAGAAAAAUUAUGACACACCUGUGAAAGACACCAGGUGUUUCAUUUUGUAACGAUAUUUCCUUAUUGGACAUGUACACCAUGGUCAACAGUAGAUUGGCUGGGAUUGGUACAAUAUGCCAUAACAGGGCCGUCUCUUAGUUUUUUGGACAUAUCAGAUGUCCAAUUGAGCCCAUCUUAUUUUUGAAUCAUGCAUGGCCCACAUUACACACACACACACACACACACACACACACACACACACAUACAGCCACACACACUUGCCUAAGAACGGGUGCUGAGGAUAAAGUGAUAUCUUAUUAACUUUGUAAAUUUCUAAAUGUGUCACGAGUUUGGUGGAUGGUUCUCAUGAGAAGCGCCACCUCCCAAACACGUACCGAGAUGGGGGGGGGGGGGGGGGUCGGUCUGCUGGUGCUAUGAUGCUACACCAUAAAUUCACUGUGUAAAAAAAAUAAUAAUAUGAGGGAUAAAUGAUUACCACAAAUAUUUUUCUGAGCUCUUAGAAUGUCAAGAGAAUUAUACUUUUGAUUACAGCAGUUUCAUAGGAUUGGAAGCUGCCGUGGUGCUGACUUUAUGAAAAGUCUUUUGUUACAACGCUAUAAAUUUACAUCUCUUUUUGAGGGCAGGGGGGCACUCGAACAGUUGAUUGCAUUCUCUAUUAAUAUUCAUUCCACAUUGUACUUGACCUCAUUUGAACUAAGAUGAGAUAUAGAGUCAUAUUAUAUGAAGACUGUUAUCUGGGUCUCAUGUUUGGUACAGCGCAAGUACCAAACGUUGUACAUGUUCACGUUAAGAAUGCUAAGAUAUUUGAUCGAUACAAGAAUAGCAAUUGUGUACUGCCUCCCUCUUCCUCCCCUUAGUCAUGCACUUCCUUUUCUCAACCCCUCUCUUUCUCCUAACAACUUAUAUAUUUUGUCUUUCUCUCAUGCACACACACAUAAACAUAGACAAACAUAUGCAUCUCACUGUGUAUGGCCCACUUUUAGAAGUCUAUUAAACACCUAAUUUAAUGAACACUCUAAAUUUGGGAUAGAGACUUGGACCCUGGUCCAUACACAUAAAAAAAGAAAAUCUACCUACACAACUGGCAGCUACAUUCCUUUUUGAGUUCUAGGAUCAUUCUUGGUUCUUUAUUUUUCAUGUCAAGGAUGCAGUAUGUAAAAAAAAGUGUUUUUGUUCAGUCUCUCUCUCUUUGUAGCUGUAUGGUGUAUUAUGUGAAUACAUAGUGUAUGUGGUAAAAACUCCACAAUAUUGUUUUAUGUUGCGCGAUAAAUAAAUACAUUGAAGUGAAA